AUGGCCGCUCCAGUCCCAAAGACCACAACUUCCAGCUCAUCACCUCAAACGUUCCGCAUCCUUGUCCUUCCCGGUGACCAUGUCGGGCCUGAAGUCAUGGCGGAAGCCCUCCGGGUCUUAGAUGUCGUCCAAGCCUGUUCCCAAGGAAAGGUCAGGUUUGAGUACAAUCAUCAGAUCGCUGGCGGGUGCAGUAUCGACAAGCAUGGUACCCCGAUUACUGACGAGGUAUUGCGCAUUGCGAAGGAAGAGAGCGAUGCUGUACUCUUUGGAAGUGUCGGCGGGCCUGAAUGGGGCACUACCUAUCCGAACCCUGAGUCCGGCCUCCUCCGUCUCCGUCAACACCUCGAUGCAUUCGCCAACAUCCGCCCCUGUACAUUCUACUCACGGUCAUUGGUCACCUUAUCACCCCUGAAAGAGUCAGUCGUCGAGGGCACCAACUUCAUCCUUCUCCGUGAAAACUGCGGCGGAGCGUACUUCGGUCCCAAGGUUGAGCAAACAGACUUCGCCAGCGAUUCCUGGGCGUAUCGACGAGAUGAAAUUGAGCGGUCGGCGCGUGUUGCAGCCGCACUAGCCGUCACCAUGGGCAAAGACGGACGGGGGACAGGGAAAUGCGCGGAAGGGCCCGCAACCGUCUGGAGCAGCGAUAAAGCCAACGUGCUGGCGUCGGGGAGGUUGUGGCGAAAAGUGACUAGUGAAGUGUUCGCGAAGGAAUUCCCCCACGUCGAACUCAAGCAUCAGCUCGCCGACAGUCUGAGCAUGCUUAUGGUCAAGAGCCCUCGCAUGUUUAAUGGCGUCAUUCACACGGACAACACGUUCGGCGACAUGCUCUCCGACCAAGCCGGCGGCAUCGUAGGCACGCUGGGCGUGCUUCCCAGUGCCAGCCUAUGUGGAAUUCCCGGCGGCAGUCGUUGCAACGGCAUCUACGAACCUGUCCAUGGCUCCGCGCCCGACAUCGCUGGAAAAGGCAUCGUGAAUCCCACGGCCCAAAUUCUCUCCGCUGCCAUGAUGCUACGAUACUCAUUCGGCCUGGCCCCCGAGGCCGCCGCCAUCGAAGCCGCAGUCCAGAAAGUCCUCGAUGGCAAGGAUAUUGGCGGCCUGGAGAUCCGAAGCGGAGACCUCGGCGGCCGCGCGACCACCGAGCAAAUUGGCGAUGCUGUCUGCGCGGUUCUCGAGCAAAUACUCGAGGGAAACGGGAGUGGUGUACCAUUUGAGAUGAAUGGAAAUGGCAACGCUGCUAUGUCGCCGGUCCAGACGACACGUGGUCAAGAAAAAUAA